AUGAUAUCUCCACUUCCGUCAUACGACGACGAGCUUCUGAAUAGCGCCUAUGCAAAUAUCAGUCUGAUCGCCGACAAGAUUUGGACCUACAAUCCCGAGGAUCCCUUCCGAAAGUUAAAUCAUUCCCUCUGGAUUCAAAGUUGCGAGGUAAUCGCGAAGUACCAAGAAAAUAGUGAUUAUCGUCCAAGACUCGUCCGAGACGUCAUCUCUGAAUCGCGCUUGGCGAAAUACGGUAAUUAUGAGUACGACGAGCAGUACGAGGGAAUGUACAGGCCGGACGACGGUAAAUCGUCGGAUAGCGGGCUUCGCCACUUCCGUUCAACUAUGGAGGCUGUGGAACCGUGGAUGCUUCCUGAAGUUCAAGAACACUUCGCCCGGUUAAUCUCACCGAACUGCACGCGAUCGCAUCGGGAACCGUUAGUUCGCCUCAGCACUUCCAUUUCCAUAUCUCACAUUAAUAGUAUGUUCAAUAUGCAAAGCUCAGCAAUACCAAUACUGAAGUGUAACACCGUGAGGAGGGAAAACGAAAUUUCUUGCUCGAGUUUUAAGUCGAAUUGGAACGAGAAAAAGCGUCAAAAGAUCAGUCCGAAGAAGAGCAAAAAGGUUGGAUUACAUAAUGAAUUACUUCCAAUUCACAAAUCGGAAACCAAUAAUGGAUCACAUGAGAAGUCGAUCGAAAUAUUUGCUCGUUAUCGUCGAUAUACCAUCGAAACCGCAGCGGAAAUGCAACUAGAGUCUCGCAUCGGGAGUGACGCUGUGCGCGAUAUAUGGAACUCCGAAAAGUUUCAGCAACAGCAGCAGCAACAUCGGCAGAAUUACCAGCAAAUCGCGCGACAAGCACAGCCCGCCGUCCAACAUCAUCAACAACAAUUCUACUGCACUUUGCAGUAUCAGCCUUUAAUUCUAAGGACGGAAUAUCAGCGGAGAAUGUUGCAAUCACCCCCGCCACCACCUCCGCCCCCGCCGGUUUUAAGCGCCGAAGUGCCAGAAUUUUUUCCGAAAUCCAGUUUACCUUCGAUAACAACUUACAACAUAAAUAAUAAAGAACACAGGGCUUACCAGAUACGUUACUUUCCGUCACUAAACGACAGAAAUUAUCAAAGCGAGCUAUUUCCUUACAAUAGACCGCAACAGGAGAUCGCGGCAACUGUUUUUCCGAACACCAGAAUGUCUAUAUUACCAGUGACCGAAACGAACAUGUUCCAUUCACCUCAGGAAUGGAUCCAAAGGGUCGCACCGCCGGUGCAGUUACAAUUAACAGCGUCUUCUUCGUCAUCUCUACCGAUCUGCACGUCUUUACGAUCGAUUCACGACGCUACGAUCGUCCAUCGUCCUUUGCAGAUAUACGAAAAAUUUUUGCCCUGUACGCAACCGAGUCCGACGACAUCCAUACCAGUAUACCAACGACCAAUGGAACUAUACCAGGAACCGACGCCGAAGCGGAAGAGUCAGGGGGUUGACUUCAAUAAUCUCAUACUACUGACGAAGAAUAAUGUCAAGACGCGACGUUCAAAGGGCACUGCUCAGCAAUCUUUCCUCCUAGAGUCGAAACAGGGUCCGAGGACUUCUGGUCGCAACGAGCAAUUACAAUGGUUCGAUAAGGAUCGCUGUACAAGAGGGGAGGUUGUGACUGUGAACGCAUUGGUGUCUGAACUGCGUAGUUUUGAGGAGAAGUAUGAAUGCUGUAAAGGGGCUGGCACUAGCUGGAGAACCGCUGUUGAAGGUCAACAAAGAUCGUCCGAGACUUCGAGAUCGAGAAACAAAGCGUUUGGGAGCGACAGCUCGAGAUGUAGGACCUCGAAUGCUGAAGAGAGGAAGAGGAGGACGAAGCGACCGCUUUACAGAGACGUCCUAGCGAAUACCUCGAGUGGGGCGGCCCUGGAGAACGUCUUCGAGGAGAGAUACGACGAGCUCGAGCAGCAGGCGAUGGAACAGUACAGAAACUCAGAAGAGUCACUGGCGCUCAAAUACCAGGAACUGGAACGUCAAGCGAUGGAGCAGUAUGGAAACAAUAGUGCAGGUGACGAGAAGCGUUCGGUGCCUUCCGAAAAUCAGGAUUGCUUCGAUGGACAGAGAUGUUCGGGAUAUGGACAAUGCAGUCCUUCGAGAGGACGCCCAGAAAGAAAGGGUUCUUCCUUUCCGCAAAUCACCUUGUUGAAACCAAAAGGUAAAUCCUUGCCAAACGUCUUUCGCGGAUCAUCGUGCAAUGAUAAUAAUCAACAGCCGGCUAUCGCUUCGAGAAGUUUAUCCACAUUGACUGAUUGGCCAUCGAAGGAAUCGAAAAACAUAUGUAAGGGUGCAUCAGGAGAUAAAAUCGAUACAAGUGUUUCACUUCGGGCAUCAUCGAAGCGGCAUCUGAUACUGAUGUCACCCUUCGAGCGCAAAUCAGAGGCCAGACGAAUAAUGAAGACUACGGAUUUACGAGGGAUUUGUUCGGUCUCUAAGACGAGAAGGAACAUGUUCGGAUAUUAUCGGACCUCCGAAAUCGCUCGAAAUGGCAGCGGUGAUGAAAACAUAACGAUCAUACAAUCACCCAGCACUGAAGUUUGGUUGUCUGGAUUCUGGACUACUUGAAAGCAAAAUCAAUCAAAAUCAAUCAAAUGAUUCUUUUUGAAAAUGAUGGAAAAAGUUUGAGACUGUGAAUA